UGGGACUCCUCUCGCCUUCCAUCUCCUGAUCAUCUCUGCCUCUGGAGCUGUCGCUAUGGUGACGGUGCGCAGGCCGUGGCCCGCCAUGGCCACAGUGCUGCUGGCCCUGCUCUUCUGCCUGGGGACGCUGGUCGACGCCUACCCCCCCAAACCCGAGGCUCCCGGCGCACUCGCCUCGCCGGAGGAGCUGAAGCGCUACUACCUCUCUCUGCGCCACUACCUCAACCUGGUCACUCGGCAGCGGUACGGGAAACGUGACAUCUCGGAAGCUCUACUCUCCAAACUGCUCUUCCCCGAUCCCGAGGACCGACCCGUCAAGUCGCGGCCAGAAGGCGCCUACCUGUGGUGAAGACCCCCAAGGCCUCCUGAGAGAUAUGCUAAUGCACCGACCUCAUUUGCAUGUUUGCUCCUGACCCCGGAA